UCACGUCGCCAUGACUCCCGCUUGAUGUCGGGGUACGACACGCUGGACGCUCCGCCGCGCUACGAGUUCUACUCCAACACGGCGGAGGCGGCGGGGAGGCGGCGCUUCAGGCCCUCGCUGUUCCAGCUGCACGCCAACCAAGAGGAUGAUGGCAGCCCCCCGCCCCUGUAUGAGGCGUCAGGAGCAGGAGCAGGAGCAGGAGCAGGAGGGGGCCCCGGGGUCCCUGGUGGCCUGCCAGACGAGGAGAAGGCAGACCUGCCUCAGGCUCAGCCAACACGCUUCGGAUGGGUGCAAGGGGUGAUGAUCCGCUGCAUGCUGAACAUCUGGGGGGUGAUUCUGUACCUGCGGCUGCCCUGGAUCACAGCACAGGCAGGCAUCGGUCUGACCUGGGUCAUCAUCCUCAUCUCCUCCCUCAUCACUGGGACCACCGGCCUCUCUGUCUCCGCCAUCGCCACCAACGGCAAAGUCAAGGGAGGUGGGACGUACUUCCUGAUCUCGCGUAGCCUGGGUCCGGAGCUGGGCGGCUCCAUUGGCCUCAUCUUCGCCUUUGCCAACGCGGUGGCUGUUGCCAUGCACACGGUGGGCUUCGCUGAAACAGUACAGGACCUCAUGCAGGAGCAUGGUGUGAGCAUGGUGGACCGCACUAACGAUAUCCGCAUCAUCGGAGUCAUCACUGUCACAUGCCUGCUGGCCAUCUCCAUGGCAGGGAUGGAGUGGGAGUCCAAGGCUCAGAUUCUCUUCUUCCUGGUCAUCAUGGUGUCCUUGGCCAACUACUUUGUUGGCACGGUGAUUCCCGCCACCCCAGAGAAGCAGUCCAAAGGCUUCUUCAGCUACCGAGGGGCCAUCUUUGUGGAGAACUUCGUGCCGCGUUGGCAGGGUCCUCAGGGCAGCUUCUUUGGCAUGUUCUCCAUCUUCUUCCCCUCGGCCACGGGCAUCUUGGCUGGAGCCAACAUCUCAGGAGACCUGAAGGACCCGAACAUGGCCAUUCCCAAAGGCACACUCUUCGCCAUCUUCUGGACCACCAUCUCUUACCUGCUCAUAGCCGCCACUAUAGGGUCUUGUGUGGUGCGCGAUGCUUCUGGGUUCAUCAAUGACACCGUGUCCGGCCCGGCUGGAGGAGACUGCUUGGGUCUGGGCUGCCAAUACGGCUGGAACUUCACCGAGUGCAUCUCCAAUGGCACCUGCCCCUUAGGAAUCGCCAACUACUACCAGAGUAUGAGCAUGGUGUCUGCCUUCGGGCCCCUGAUCACAGCUGGCAUAUUUGGAGCGACGCUUUCCUCAGCGCUGGCCUGCCUCGUCUCAGCACCAAAAGUCUUCCAGUGUCUGUGCAAGGAUAAUCUGUACCCCCUCAUUGGAUUCUUCGGGAAGGACUAUGGCAAGAACAACGAGCCCUACAGGGCCUACCUAUUGACCUUCAUCAUUGCUGUUUGCUUCAUCCUCAUUGCUGAGCUGAACACCAUCGCCCCAAUCAUCUCCAACUUCUUCCUUUGCUCUUACGCCCUCAUCAACUUCAGCUGUUUCCACGCCUCCAUCACCAACUCUCCAGGUUGGCGGCCGUCGUUCCGCUUCUUCAACAGGUGGGCGUCUCUGCUGUGUGCGGUGGUGUCCGUGGUCAUCAUGUUCCUGCUCAACUGGUGGGCCGCCCUCAUUGCUAUAGGCAUAGUCCUCUUCCUACUGGGGUACUCGCUCUACAAGAGACCAUUGGUAAACUGGGGCUCGUCCGUCCAGGCUGGGGCCUACAACCUGGCCCUGUCUCACUGUGUGGGCCUCAACCAGGUGGACGACCACAUCAAGAACUACAGGCCUCAGUGUCUGGUCCUGACAGGUCCUCCUGCUCUGCGUCCUGCGCUGGUAGAUUUCGUGGGGACCUUCACCAAGAGCCUCAGCCUCAUGAUGUGUGGCAAUGUAGUCAGCGAAUGCCCUUCUCCUGAGCUGAUCUCAGCCAGCGAUAACGCUCACAUAGCCUGGCUGGAGCAGCGUGGCAUCAAGUCCUUCUAUCAUAGUGUGGUGGCCGAGGAGCUGCGCUCAGGAGUACAGAUGAUGCUGCAGGGAGCAGGACUGGGGCGCAUGCGUCCAAACAUCUUGGUGAUGGGCUUUAAGAAGAACUGGAGAAAAGACCGGGCAAGUGGCAUGGACAGCUACAUUGGCAUCUUGCACGAUGCAUUUGAUCGCCAGUACGGCGUGUGUGUGCUGAGAAUAAAAGAGGGCUUGGAUACAUCCUGGCAGAGGGAAGCCCACACCAACUCUGCGUAUGAGCCCUUGCCUGAACAGACAGACUCUCCAUCUCCAUCUUGCCGGAUCAGUGUCGCAUGCUCCGAGGCCUCUGGCCCUCUCCCGCAGGUCUCCACCGUCUUCCAGAACAAGCAGGAGAAGAAAACUAUCGACGUGUACUGGCUGUACGACGAUGGAGGACUGACUCUUCUGAUCCCAUACCUCCUCAAACGUAAGAAGCGCUGGGCCAAAUGUAAGGUGCGCGUGUUCGUGGGCGGAGAGAUUCAUCGCAUGGAGGAGAGGAAAAACGAGGUCAUGGGACUCGUCAAUAAGUUUCGACUGGGGUUCCAUGACGUUCAGGUUCUUCCUGACAUUGACGAGAGUCCUCAACCGGAAAACGUCAAGAGGUUUGAGGACUUGGUGGCUCCCUAUAGGGUGAACACGAUGAACAAGACUGAGGACGGAGAGGAGGAGCAGAAGAAGUAUCCAUGGGAGGUGACCAACACGGAGAUGGACAGGAACAAAGCCAAGUCUCGCCGCCAGAUCCGGCUGAACGAGGUCUUGAGUGAUUACUCGCGUGAAGCUGCCCUAAUUGUUGUGACGUUGCCGGUGGGCAGGAGAGGGGUGUGUCCGAGCGCUCUCUACAUGGCCUGGCUGGAGACGCUGUCCCGUGACCUCCGACCCCCAGUGCUGCUCAUCAGGGGCAACCAGCAGAACGUCCUCACAUUCUACUGUCAAUGACCUGUUGGCAUGCCAACCAGCAGAACGUCCUCACCUUCUACUGUCAAUGACCUGUUGCCAUGCCAACCAUCAGAACGUCCUCACCUUCUACUGUCAAUUAUGCAUGCCAACACUGCAUGGGGCCUGUACAUGGGUUUACUGUUUGUUUGUAAACAAUCCCUGCUGCGUGACCCUGACUGUGCACUGUGUAACCUCUGAAUGUUGGAAAUGGUAAAAAAAAAUGAGCUCACGUGGUUGGCUGCUUAGCAUCUUGCCCCUCCUCACAAUACAAAUGUUUGUAAACGAAAAACCCAUAGGCAAUAGACAUGUAUUGCUGUGUGUCACACUUUAUAAUAUCACACACACACACACACACACACACACACACACACACACACACACACACACACACACACACACACACACACACACACCUUUAAAAUAACUGUGAUGCAAGACAGCUGAACUGCCACUGUUUCAUCAACCCUUUAUUAUAAGCCUGAUCCAUGGCAUUCCAGUGAAGAGCCGGAAUAUCUCUGGCAUUUUUCCACUUUGUCAUUAAUUUGCCAACAUCGUGCAUACCCCAGAGAAAUGCCAGAAAGAUCCAGAAGUGGGCCGGAGGAUUUUGCUAUCUGGGUUGUAAGAUAUUGAAAAGAAUCAUGUUUAAAUCAAAUGUCGACCAUUGUGUAGGCCUACCUGUCCUUUUUGAAUGAGAUAUUUAAGCUGUUAAUUAAAUAGUAUUGUUUGUCAUAUUUGGCUUCUGUAGCCUAAAUAUUAAGGGGUAAUCAUAUUGUUAAUAUUGUAUGACAAAGUAUUGACAAUAAAUGUCUUUGCUAAGGAGGCCUGUCCAUGCAGAGCACAAUAAAUUGCAAUUUUGUCU